CUGACUGCAGUUUCAGGACGUGGAGCGCUUUGUGCUCUAAAUGCAUUAAUUUCAACGAUGUCCUAGACUUAUUACGCUUAUUACAGCAUCUUAUAGCUAUAGUUUAUCGUCACCUUUAACUUGAAGAUGCCUCCUUCGGCUGCGGCGGGUGCCGAAGACAGUAAAGCCUUGGUGAGGAAGCUGUUACGGGAAGUUCUGGUGGGUCGAGAGGAUCCAGAAGGGUUUUUUGUGAAGUGCGUGUCCGCCCUGGGGCACCAGGAGACCCGCUCACAGUUCCUGUCCCUCAUCGAGCCACUGUCCACGGCGAACAGCUCCCUGCACUCCACCCUCACCUCCAUCUACAUGGAGUAUUUCUCUAAGACUGAAGAUGAUGAACUGGAACUUGCAUUGGCUCUCUCUCUGCUGGAAAUGAAAGAUCACCAGAUGUCAGCCCCCAGCCAGGAGUCCAGCCUUCAGCAUCCUGGUGGAGACAGACCCAAUCAGAGAAGCUCUAUUCAACUGGCCCCGGUAUCUCAGCCUCAGGAAAGCAACCACAGUCAGCUAGCCGAUGUAGCUGACAGGAGAAAAAACAUCAACUCACCACAAGGUGGCCCCUGGGUCAAGGUGAGCCCGCCACAAACAACCCGAGAGACGGAGCUUCAGAAAAGCGCACAUGUUUACAAAUAUAAUAAGGAGACGCCGGGGACAAGUCAGACUGUGUGUGUCUCCAGACUGUCUGGCUCAAUUUCCAAGCAAGACACGGUUGAAGAAGGUGACCAAAUGAUGGAUGAGGGAGAUGUGAAUCCAUCCGAGAAACCAAAACACUCUAAAAACAGGCGACAGCGGCGAAAAGGUGCCGGUCAGCAGGUUGUAGGUUUGCCCUGUUCUCCAUCAGCACCGCCGCCGGUACUGCUGUGGUUUAGGAGGGACUUGCGACUUUGUGACAACCCUGCUCUCACUGGCUCUUUGGAAUUCAAUGCACCUGUCAUCCCAGUCUUCAUCUGGAGCCCUGAAGAGGAGGAGGGACCUGGGAUUACAGUGGCUAUGGGAGGGGCUUGUAAAUACUGGCUUCAUCAAGCUUUGUCUUGUUUCUGUUCAUCUCUGGAGCGCAUUGGCAGCCAUCUUGUCUUCCUCAAGGCAAACGGAGAGGGGAAUGAGGUUGGAUCUUCUCAGCGUGCCCUUAAGGAGCUUGUAAAGGAGACAGGGGCGAGGACAGUCUUGGCCAAUGCCCUCUACGAGCCCUGGCUGAAGGAGAGGGAUGAUGCCGUGGUGUCAGCCCUUCAGAAAGACGGUGUUGAAUGCCGGAUGUUCCACUCAUACUGUCUCAGAGACCCCUACUCUGUCAGCACGGAGGGUGUGGGACUCAGAGGAAUAGGUUCAGUGUCUCAUUUCAUGAGCUGCUGCAGACAGAACCCAGGGUCUGCAUUAGGGGUUCCCCUGGACCCUCCUGUAUCUCUGCCCACACCUGCCCACUGGCCUCAGGGCAUCUCUUUGGACACGUUAGGCCUGGCACGCAUGCCCCGCAGAAAGGACGGCACAACGAUUGACUGGGCAGCAAACAUUCGCAAAUCCUGGGAUUUCAGUGAAGAAGGAGCACAUGCACGACUAGAAGCCUUUCUACGUGAUGGUGUGUAUAGAUAUGAAAAAGAGUCAGGGAGAGCGGAUGCUCCAAAUACCAGCUGUGUGUCUCCGUACCUUCACUUCGGUCAGCUCAGCCCACGCUGGUUAUUGUGGGACGCCAAAGGGGCGCGCUGUCGACCCCCAAAGUUCCAACGUAAGCUGGCAUGGAGAGAUUUGGCUUACUGGCAACUAACAUUGUUUCCUGAGCUCCCCUGGGAAUCCCUCAGACCUCCAUACAAGGCUCUGCGGUGGAGCAGUCAUCGUGGCCAUCUGAAGGCCUGGCAGCGAGGGCGAACAGGCUACCCUCUGGUGGACGCAGCCAUGAGGCAGCUGUGGCUGACAGGCUGGAUGAACAACUACAUGAGACAUGUGGUGGCAUCUUUUCUCAUAGCAUAUCUCUACCUUCCCUGGCAAGAAGGCUAUCGCUGGUUCCAGGAUACUCUAGUGGAUGCAGAUGUUGCAAUAGAUGCUAUGAUGUGGCAGAAUGGGGGCAUGUCUGGUCUGGAUCACUGGAACUUUGUCAUGCACCCCGUCGAUGCAGCAAUGACCUGUGACCCCCACGGCACCUAUGUUAGGAAAUGGUGUCCUGAACUUGCAGAUCUGCCCGAUGAGCUUAUUCACAAACCUUGGAAAUGUCCCGCAUCAAUGCUUCGACGUGCUGGUGUGGUGUUUGGCCAGACGUAUCCUGAGCGAAUAGUUACAGACCUGGAGGAGCGGAGGAGUCAUUCUCUGCAAGAUGUAGCUCUGGUGCGGAAAGAGUUUGGACAGUAUGUGGACAAGCGAUCAGGCUGUGACUUGGUGCCUCUGCCCCCACGCCUGGUCUCUGAGGCUCUGGGCUUAUCGCACAGGGAUGGGGGUGUAGUGACAGCAGGGAAGCAGUUCCUGCUGCCUGUUAUCACCCGCAUGGAAUUCAAACACCAGCUAGAAGAUCCAGAUGCUGAUGCCACCUCAAAUCCCUACAAUGCUGUUCUAAAAGGAUAUGUGAGCCGCAAGAGGGAUGAGACCAUUGCCUUCCUUAAUGAGAGAGACUUCACUGCCAGUGUGAUGUAUGAGGGAACCCAGAGGAGGGAAAGGCUGGAGAGUGAUUAUCGCAGAAUGGAGGGACUCCCUCGGCCUCCUGCACCUCGGGGCAGGCCCAGACGUACUCCAACAGCCAAGGACAGGUUUUCUAUAGUACCUGGUGGGGCGAUUACCUCACUAAGGUGACACAGAGAUCAAGACCGAAAGUUUACAGGUACUAAGUGACCAGACAGAAACUAUUGAGUUACUAGUAAAAUGCCAGUAAAAAGUGUUACAGUAGAAUAAUCUGGAAUAUGAGUCAAGAACAGGUCAGUAAGUCUCCUCUUUAAAUCUACACUGGAUCCCAAUAGAGAUAAAGGGAAAUUUGAGACAACUGAGGCAAUGUUUGCAAGAGGUUUGAGUAUUCUGUGUAGUCUUGGUAUCAAGCAGCAAUAUCACACCAGCCGAGGUGACAAACAUCAGUUCAAGUUAGCCAAUGUACUUGAUUUCAGGGCAGCUCCUUUCUUAAAGGUCCAGUCUAUAUUUUGGAAUGUACGUAUUUGAGGUAUGUCUCACAUAAAUGUACACAGUGAUUAGAGAGUUUAAGUUGGGAACAAAUGGAUUUGUUUCUCAGCAGAUCAUUUUCAAAAUAAAGAGCAAUUUUACAGCGUUUGUAAUCUCAUAGCAUCAAAAAACUGGGAUUUAGUGGCCAGUGUAUCAAAAUACUUCAAACAGGAGGUUCUAUCAGAUUCAAAUCUUGUGCUUUGAAUUUUGGUUGUGCAGUUUACUUUUUUUUUUUAUUUAAUUGUGUAGUUGGUUCUACCUUAAUAUGCAAAUAGCAUUAAUAUUAUGUGUUGCUGUGACACAGUGUUAAACAUAUCACCAGUUCAACAGCUUAUUUGACAAGCUCAAUUUAAAACCCUGCCCGCAUUUAUGCUCAACUUCAUG